AUGUGGAAGAAAAGAGAUAAUGCAGAUGUAGAUAAUAUUUGGGACCACUUUAAGAUAAAAUCUGCAAAUAGAAAUGGUAUUACUACCAAAGUAAAGUGUAGAUUGUGUGAAUAUACAACUGAAUAUUGUUAUCUUAGUGCAACUACAAUUGUUUUGUAUAAUCAUUUACGGUUUUAUCAUGGUAAAUUUAAAGCAACUCAUCGCUUAGAUAAGGAAGACCUACCGUAUAAUAAAAAAUCCUCCAAGAAUACUAGAAGCCAAAAUGCCCCUCAAAGUACUCCUCAACCGGCCUCUGCUACCCAAAUACAAGUCGCUCCAACACAAGCUACUCCUACUCUAACUGCUCCAAUUCAAACCGAUCCAAUGCUGGCUUCUCCAAUUCAAACCACUCCAUUUCAAACUGCUCCAAUACGAGCCAUUCCACAAUUACAUGUCCCUCGAGCUGUUCCUCACUUCAUCCCAGUUCGACAAGAGGUUAUAGCCAAUGAUAAUCAGAGACCAAUAUCUAUAAGCAUCCAAAUGACUUUUACAACUCCAGGUGAUUACAAUGUCAAUGUCAAUGGUGUAGGAAUUGACAGAUUGCUUAGAAAUAAUUAUUAA